CCUCGCCUCUAUGGUCGGGGCGGGGCGGCGAGGGACGCGGCUCCCGGCGGCCGCCGCCAUGUCGGGCAGCGAGGGGCUGCUGUCGGUGGACUACGAGGUGUCCGGCAGGGUGCAGGGCGUCUUCUUCCGAAAGUACACGCAGGGUGAGGCCAAGAGGCUCGGGCUCGUCGGCUGGGUGCAGAACACGAGCCAUGGCACUGUGCAGGGGCAGGUGCAGGGCCCGGCCGACCGCGUGCGGGAGCUGCAGGAGUGGCUGCGGAAGACGGGGAGCCCCCAGUCCCGCAUCAGCCACGCCGAGUUCAGCAACGAGAAGCAGAUCGCGGCCCUGGAGCACGCGGACUUCAGGAUCGUGAAGUAACUUUGUCCGGAAAGCAGCGACGCCUGCGGCACGAGCUGCCCGCGCAGAACGUGCCCUCCUCCCUGCUCGCCCAGUCAGCUGAUGUUCAACUCUAGAGAAAUUUAUUUUAUUAUAUAUCUAAUUUAUUGGUUUGUUGUAUUGUUAGCGUGACUAAACCACUCACAAAAUGUUGGCAGGUAGAGCUGUUGUAUCUACUGAAGGGGCUGUUUAGCUACACAGCCUGUCAUUCUGAACGCGUGUGCAGCGUGAGUUUUGCGUUGUAUGUGUAUGAAAUGCAGAAUUUGUGUAACGCUGUGCUCAUGUCAAGGAAGUCACAGAGCUGAUGCCAAUUUGAUUGCUAAAAGCACUAUUUUUGUGACCGAAACGUCUCAGAAACAACUUAUUUUGUGCUUUAUCUGCCAAGAAGUUUAUUUUCUAUUUAGAAUAAAAGUGCUUGCAGCCUG